CAGAGUUGUUAACAUUACUUCUCCGACAUUCAUUUUAUCGGCGAAAUUUGGGAGUUAUUGUAGCCAAACGUUAAAAUAUUUAGGUGUUGGAUAUAGCCGCUGCUAGGGAUUUUCCAGCCGUCGAAGGAGUUCAUCAAAUCUGUGCGAAAGCACCUUAUAGUUCCUUGAAUUUCCCGUUUAAAGUUGAUUUCCAAUACAUACUAAAGAUGUCUGAUCGCAAGGCAGUGAUUAAAAACGCUGAUAUGUCUGAGGAGAUGCAGCAAGAUGCUGUUGAUUGUGCUACUCAAGCACUGGAAAAAUAUAAUAUUGAAAAGGACAUUGCUGCAUAUAUAAAGAAAGAAUUCGACAAAAAAUAUAAUCCAACUUGGCAUUGUAUUGUUGGCCGCAAUUUUGGAAGUUAUGUUACACAUGAAACGAGGCACUUCAUAUACUUCUAUCUGGGCCAGGUGGCCAUACUGCUAUUCAAGAGCGGUUAAACUUUUAAUUGAUUAUUGCACAUGUCCCCUUCCAAUAUGCAAAAAUUAAUUAAAAAAUAAAACAAAUAUUUCACCAUCUACUCUUACAAAAAUAAAUAUUUUUAUGAGCAUUAGCCAUUCGUUUUAUUUUUUUUUUAAAUUUUUGAUUACCAAAAUUAUACAAUAUUUAUAACAUUCCCCGUGCAUUUUUGAAAAUUAUUAUUUUUAAGAGUUAAAUGACAAUAUCUAUUGGAAGGGCUUGACAAUUUUUCUCAUUACUAACUAUUUUUAUUAUUUUUUUUUCUAAACUAAAAUGUGCGAGUAGCUUUUAAUAUAUAUUAUAUAUAUAUGAGUGUGCCAUCAUCAACAAUGGCUUAUACUCUUUUUAUUCCCCUCGCCGUUUUUAACUCCCUUCUUAACAGGCUACUCUCAUUCUUGCAUUACUAUUUUAUUAAAAAUAUGUUAACUACACAGUAAACAAAUAUUUUAUUAGUAUUUCAUGUCAACUAUAUUAUUAUUGUAAUUAUUUCUAGUCCAUUAAAAAGCAAAUAUGUUAAUGAAAUUUGGGACUGUAUUGUGUAUAAUUUAAAUAGUUACUUAGAUUAUGUUGGGUUGCAUGUAUGUUCAUAAUAUUAAGAAAACUUUUGUAACCAGAUAAACAGUUUUUAAAAUGUCUUGUAAAUUAUAUGCAGUCCAACAUUACAACGAUAAUAAUUUAACAUUAUUUUCAAUGGAAUGAGAACACGUCACAGACAUAGAUAACAGUUAAAAGUGGAUUAUGUUGUUAUUGUUUACUUAUGUAUAAUUUUUUUUUUUUAUUAAUAUGUUUAUGAUACUUAUAGAUCUUUGAUAGAUUUUUUUUUUAAAUAAUUGGUUUAUUUAUAAAUUUUUUUUUUUGCAACAUAGAUAUAUGAAAUUUAUUUUGUGUUCUUUGACUGGUGUAAACAAGAAUGUUUCAAGUAGCGUCUUAACAUUGAUGAUUAAUAAAUUCUAAAAUAAAAUUUUAAAUUAACAGUU